CCGCUCCUACAUUUUAUGAGGCGCAGGCGACAAACCUGCUGCAGUCGCCUUCAACUCCGUUGAUAUAUCAGUCACCGAUGAUGUCCGUCGGUGACCACCAUUUACCAGGUACCGAGUAUGUACCAGCCCUUCAUGUAGCAGCACCAGCCGGCCCAUGUAUCAGUACCAUCUGCCCUUCAUGCAACAGCACCAAACACAAUUUACGUACCAGCACCAGCCCGCAACUUACCAGCAGUCCGCCACUUCAGCUCCCACCGCGAUCUACCAGCACCAGCCGCCCUUCAUGCCGCCCGCAACUUACCAGCAGCCCACCACUUCCAAUCCGCCUUCGAUCUACCAGCAGCCAGCUACUUCAGCACCGACUCCGACUGUGACUUCCCAGCGGCCAUCUCACAAAAUUAAAUUUAAAUGUUUAAUAUGUCAUAUAACUGGUCACCGGACGGCGGAGUGCCGCAGUUGAUUGCGCAAAGAGCCUUGGAGUA